AUGCUCGCAACUCUACUUUCCAAAAUGCUGCCGUUGGCAGAAGAUCCUUUCCCACCGACGCACAGCGCAGGUUCCGAAUUCGAAGGCUUCUUCAUCCGCCUAGAGUCGCACUCGGGUCGCUCGCAGCCUACACAUCAUCAAUGCGACCCAUGUUUAAGCCCCAUGAGCUUCACUUCUAGAGCUUGUCUGAGAUCGUCGCCGUCUCACAUACCACGUUCGUGGUCAAAACUUGACAAUGGCGAACCACCCUGCAGCUCACCAGGACUGCUACGAAGACGCCGACCUCGAACAUCGUCCACAUCUUCCACAUCCUCCGCAGAUUCAUCUUCAUCUGGCUCUUCAGCACAUGCUCCGAAUUCGCCAAUACCGGCAUCACGCAGAGUAUCGCGUGAUGCGGAUCGCACCCGUUGCGAGAUUGAGCCAACCUCGACAAUGCUGACAGACAUGGAUCCCGUUUUGGCCACCCCUGAUUCGGGCGUUGCAAGAGCUCUGCAGUCCAGCCAGCCGCGUCAGGAUUUCAUGACUUCGCUACCGACUUGGCCACCAGGAGACUUGAUACUUGUGGUGUGCGAGUUGCAGUCGGCACCCGUCGACCAACGGAUAUGUAUCUACCUGAGGUGGAUUGUGCAUGGCGAAGAAGCUGCGCUGCACAACGCAUUAUACUCGCAUACGACUUGGUCGAAGAGAGAGGAGAAAUUGCCGCGCAAUGCCUCCCGAGCGCCAAAAGAGGGACAGAGCUUCGAAAUCGUCAAGUACAUCCCGUCUUGGCAGCUUAAGAUGGGCGCUCGAGCGGGAUGUUUUGCAGUGCAGCCGUUUCGAAUCGACCUCGUAGACGCGUUGGCCGAUGCGGAACCGGAACUGGGGUUCUUGGAGGUAACUUCGGAUGGGAAUGUGGUGGUGGACUUGACAUUGCUCAACGAAGAACGAUCAACAGAUGGGAAGAAGGUGGACACUCGAGUUAGGCUGAGGAGCACAAAGUUUUGUCCUUGGCGAUCGCGGUCGGGGAUACCGAUGGGAAGUCGAGGACCGGAAGGAUGGAUCCAACACCUAGGUGCAUUUCUACCUUUGCAUUGGUAUGUGCAUUCAUCUUCUGCACCAGCGAUGUUCUCCUUGGAACACCUCGCGCCCGACUCGGCGCGUCUCGAACUGGAUAAUGCGAUUGCAGCAGGACGAGGUUUGUUGCAUGUUGAAAAGAAUUGGGGUCAAUCAUUCCCCUCGGGCUGGAUGUGGGCUCACGCUGCUUCGCCUCUACCGGACCCAAACGUACGGCCGUCUUACUCUUCUACACCUGAUUCCAUCCACCUCUCUUUGGCUGGUGGCUCCAUCCUCGGCCUCACAGCAUUCCUCGUUGGCAUACAUAUCAUACAAGACCAUGCCGAGUUCCACUGGCAUUUCGCUCCACCCACCGCACUCGCCCCCAAGCUUCACUGGCCUUCAACAUGCGCCUCGGAAAAGGUCUGCUACGGUCCAGGCCUCAGAAUCAAACGCGAUUUCACAUGCAAGAAAUUUGUCAUCGACCUAUGGAAUCUUACGCAAUGGGCUAGUGUCGAAAUCCAAGGUGACCAACAUAGCUUUGCAACCCAAAUCCCAGGCCCAAGAAACGGCGCUUGGUCUCCAGCUUAUUGCCAUCACAGCUACAGGUGUAGCGCAAACGUAGUACUGAGGCAAAGACACGUACGCAACAUCCUCGCGCUGCCGUGGAAAGUGGCCAAACAUCCAUCCAGCUACAUGAGCUCAGUGAAGGAUUUUUGGAUCAAUGCAGCACAACCAACACAGACCGCGUGCGACCUUCUCGGCUGGAACAAGGUCGCCGAGGUCAGAUUGCACGACAGGGUCGCGCUCGAGUUCGGCGGUGAUUUUGCACAGUAA